CGUGGCGUUCUCUCAAGACAGUUCACAGCUGUAGGGCCGUUCUCGCGAGAUCACGCGAGGCGAUAAGUUGAAGAAACAUGGCGACGUCUAAUUUGUUAAAGAACAAGGGGUCCCUACAGUUUGAGGACAAGUGGGACUUGAUGCGGCCCAUCGUUCUCAAGCUGCUCAGACAAGAGCCAGUCACAAAGCAGCAGUGGUUUGACUUGUUCUCAGAUGUCCAUGCAGUGUGUCUAUGGGACGACAAAGGACCUGCCAAGAUUCACCAGGCCCUUAAAGAAGACAUCCUAGACUUCAUCAAACAAGCCCAGGCUCGGGUGCUGAGUCACCAGGACGACACAGCGCUGCUGAAGGCCUACAUCGCCGAGUGGAGGAAGUUCUUCACACAGUGCGACAUCCUGCCCAAGCCCUUCUGCCAGCUGGAGAUCACCCUGAUGGGCAAGCAGGGCAGCAACAAGAAGACCAACGUGGAGGACAGCAUCGUACGCAAGCUGAUGCUGGACACGUGGAACGAGUCCAUCUUCUCCAACAUCAAGAGCCGCCUGCAGGACAGCGCCAUGAAGCUAGUCCACGCUGAGCGCCUGGGCGAGGCCUUCGACUCCCAGCUGGUCAUCGGAGUACGAGAGUCCUAUGUUAACCUGUGCUCCAACCCAGAGGACAAGCUGCAGAUUUACAGGGAUAACUUUGAGAAGGCCUACCUGGACUCUACAGAGAGAUUCUACAGAACCCAAGCCCCGUCCUACCUGCAGCAGAACGGCGUCCAGAACUACAUGAAAUAUGCAGAUACCAAACUGAGAGAGGAAGAGAAGCGAGCGCUGCGCUACCUGGAGACGCGGCGUGAAUGUAACUCUGUACAAGCACUUAUGGAAUGUUGUGUAAACGCACUGGUGACCUCGUUCAAAGAGACGAUCCUGGCAGAAUGUCCGGGGAUGAUCAAGCGCAACGAGACGGACAAGCUGCACCUGAUGUUUUCCCUCAUGGACAAGGUUCCUAGUGGAAUCGAGCCAAUGCUGAAAGACUUGGAAGAUCACAUCCUAAAUGCUGGGCUGGCAGACAUGGUGGCUGCUGCUGAGACUAUCACUACUGACUCUGAGAAGUAUGUGGAGCAGCUGUUGACUCUGUUCAACCGCUUCAGUAAACUAGUGAAGGAGGCGUUCCAGGACGACCCGCGCUUCCUCACCGCCAGAGACAAGGCGUACAAGACUGUGGUGAAUGAUGCAACGAUAUUUAAACUGGAGCUGCCUCUGAAACAGAAAGGUGUGGGCCUAAAAAGCCAGCCAGAGUCCAAGUGUCCAGAGCUGCUGGCCAACUACUGUGACAUGCUAUUGAGGAAGACCCCUUUGAGCAAGAAGCUCAGCUCUGAGGAGAUAGAGCUCAAACUCAAGGAAGUGCUGCUGGUAUUGAAGUAUGUGCAGAACAAGGAUGUGUUCAUGCGCUACCACAAGGCCCACCUGACCAGACGACUUAUCCUAGACAUCUCAGCCGACAGCGAGAUAGAGGAGAACAUGGUGGAGUGGCUCAGGGAAGUGGGCAUGCCAGCGGACUACGUGAACAAGCUGGCUAGGAUGUUCCAGGACAUCAAGGUGUCCGAAGACCUCAACCAGGUCUUCAAAGAGAUGCACAAACACAACCGGCUGGCCCUGCCAGCCGACAGCGUGAACAUCAAGAUCCUGAACGCGGGGGCGUGGUCCCGGAGCAGCGAGAAGGUGUUUGUGUCGCUGCCCACCGAGCUCGAGGACCUGAUCCCGGAGGUGGAGGACUUCUACAAGAAGAACCACAGCGGCAGGAAGCUCCACUGGCACCACCUCAUGUCCAACGGCAUCAUCACCUUUAAGAACGAGGUGGGCCAGUACGACCUGGAGGUGACCACCUUCCAGCUCGCCGUGUUGUUCGCCUGGAACCAGCGGCCCAGGGAGCGAAUCAGCUUCGAGAACCUCAAGCUGGCCACCGAGCUGCCGGACGCCGAGCUCCGACGCACCCUCUGGUCGCUGGUGGCGUUCCCCAAGCUGAAGAGACAGGUGCUGUCCUACGCGCCGUCCGUCAACUCGCCCAAAGACUUCACCGACAGCACUCUGUUCUACGUCAACCAGGACUUCUCCCUCAUCAAAAACUCUAAAGUCCAGAAGAGGGGGAAGAUCAAUCUGAUUGGCCGGCUGCAGUUGACCACGGAGCGAAUGAGAGAGGAGGAGAACGAGGGCAUAGUUCAACUCAGAAUACUCCGAACACAGGAGGCCAUCAUCCAGAUCAUGAAGAUGAGGAAGAGGCUGAGCAACGCCCAGCUGCAGACGGAGCUGGUGGAGAUCCUGAAGAACAUGUUCCUGCCCCAGAAGAAGAUGAUCAAGGAGCAGAUCGAGUGGCUCAUCGAGCACAAGUACAUCAAGCGGGACGAGACGGACAUCAACACCUUCAUGUACAUGGCCUAGACACGCCCCGAGGGAGGGAGAGAGAGAGAGAAAGGGAGGGAGAGAGGGAGGGAGAGAGAGAGAGAGAUCUGUUCUCUCUCUCCGCUCCACCACCUGACCUUGUGACCCCACGCUUUACAGACAGUCUGGGAAGGAGGAGGAGCCUGGGUGACACAAGCUUUCACUUGAGGAGGAGGAGAAAGAGCAGGUUUCUGCUGGAUGAAGUGGUGUUGCUGGCUAGAGGAGAGAUACUCUGUUCAGGGAAUUUGGGGGGAGGAAUAAGAGAAGUGUUUAUUUUUGUGUGCGUGCCUGAGAGGGAGAAAGAAGAGAGAGAGAGAGAGAGAGAGGGGCUGAAUGCAUUGGAGCUGCCAGAAGGGCAGUUUGACCGCACCGCCCUCUGGUGUCCAUAGCGACCGUCUGCCAGCAGUACAGAAGAAGCAAUUAGUGACACAAUGAAACUGAAGACUUCCUGCCUUACUUUUGCUUGGGGAGGGUUUUUGAUUUGGGCGUCGGUGAGGGGAAGGUGAACUAGCUGAUAUCGAUCCGUUUUCUUUUCACUUGAUGUCACCUUUGCCAGCUGUGGCUGUUUGGCAGCUGCCAUUUUGCUUCCCUCCUCUCUUUUUCUUAUUGAUUGGGAGCGCAAAUGGACUCGAGUGGAGCUGCCAACGAAACAGGAAGAGACAGUACAAUAGUAUACAAUACUUGGAGUAUUUUGCCAAAUGUGUGUGUGUGUGUGUGUGUGUGUGUGUGUGUGUGUGUGUGUGUGUGUGUGUGUGUGUGUGUGUGUGUGUGUGUGUGUGUGUGUGUGUGUGCGCGUGCGUGCAAGAGUCUGCACAGGGAGAGUUGUUGGCCUUUUAAACGUGUGUGUGUGUGUGUGUGUUCAACAGCAUGCUGCUCUGUGAUAUGUUUGCAUUUAUGGAGGGUCUGUUAGCAGUCACAUCCAAAACACUUUUCUUUCUUUAUCAGUAUCCAUGCUCAGCCUGAUUUUGACAGGGAGCUAAACAUAAGAGUCUCGUGUUCUAAUGCUGGUGAAAUGGGCUAUCACUAACUUGCAGUUAUUGAGAUGGCCAGGAGGGGGCGAUGUGUCCGUUGGUUAAUGAACGUAGUGAGUUGAAAGAGCAGUCCCACAAUAUGAUCAACAUGUUAACUCAUACUUCUCAAUAAACCAUAUUUUUUUGUUUCACAAACACUAGUAAAAAAACGUUUAACCAAGUCCCAGUAUAGGCGAAAUGCACAGUCAUAUUUUUAAAGCAUCAAUCAUUGACUUGUGUUUACUUUUUUUGUGUGUUUCGACAAUUAUGGUGAUUAAUGGGCUCUGAAGAUUAUACUAUGAAGUGUGUGUGUGUGUGUGUGUGUGUGUUUGCCCGCGCUCCCGCCCUCCUCAGCCAAACCCUCCAAUUAAUGAACUUUCACACUGAAAAAAAAAGGGGUCUCAUUGUCAACAAAUCUAUGUGUAUGUACUCAAAAAAUCAUAUCAUCAGAAAAUACUUUGAGGUAAUGGAUGCUUUGUGUUGUGUUUGCUGGGGGGGGUUAACAAAAUGAGAAGAUGUGUUGAAAAUGGCACGACUCCUUGUUCCAACCACAGUAUCUGUAGGCAGAACUAUAAAGCCAUUUAGUGCCAGGUCUUUAACAAAGCACUUGACGGUGAUGUGGGGAAGGCUGAGGGACGAUGCUGUGACUCCCUGCUCGGUAGCUGUUGGUGGGUUGAGUUUGGAAUCCUUCUGGAGUGUGUGUGUGUUCACAAUACGUGUGUGAAAUAUGUCAUGACCGAGUGGGGGGGGAGAGAAGGUGUGAUUUAGGAUUUCAAGAAUCACUCAUUAUGUUCGGUGCUCCUGCAAAUACAUUUUUGUUUUUUUCUCUUGAGCAAAAGCACAUAUCAUGUACAAAUGGAUUGUCACAAAGAAAGAUUUGGUGCACUUGUUGAAUAGAUACAAAUUCAAAUCCCGCCAACAUGUCCAUAUCCAUAAUGGAUUGGGAUUAGCGUUUUGGGGAUGAGGCACUUACGUUUAUUAUAACCAGUUGAAAGGUCCAAUCCUGAGAGAGGACCAGGUUCUCUGUAGAGGCAGACCUCUCCGUCUUCCAUCAGAUGUUUUGUUCAAGGUAGAAGUUUGAGACCUCCAGAGCACAACAGCGGGCGGGGUGAACUAAGAGGAGCACAGCGAACCAGUGGGUUUUCUCCCUGUAUUUAUUUUGUAUUUAUGCAUUCAAACGGUCCUCUUUUGAUCUUUAUGUGUGUAAGUUGGGGUUCUUCGUGCUUGUGAGAAUUGACACUUUCCUUCAAAUGACUUAUGAAUGAUGCUACUGUUUUGGUGAAUUAAAGGAAAUGGCCAUGAUGGGAUUCUA